GUCUCUCCCUCUCUCUCUCUCCUUUUCAAGUUUGUCAGCUACUUUACUCCGUUCAUCUUUUCUUCGAUUCUCAUCAACACAUAUUUAUAAGGUGGCCUUUACAUGCAUCAUUGUAUCGAAAAACCAAAGUUUACUUCCCGAGAAAGUCUUUAAUAAUCAAGAAAGAUCGUUUCUACUUCUCUCUCUGUUUUUUUCAACGUCAACCAAAUCGGUAUGGAAGAGUUGUACAUGAACAAUAACAAUCUCCAGACGCAGAAAGACUUCAGCCACCAACAGAGCUUUUUAGACGCUCUUAUGGAGAAAGAGAGGCAAGAGAUCGACCAGUUCAUCAGAACACAGAGCGAGAGGUUGAGAUACGCGUUGCGAGAACAGAGGAGGCAAGAGACGGAGACGCUGCUGAGGCAAAUGGAGGCGAAAGCUUUGGUUUUGAUGACGCGGAAGGAAGAAGAGAUGUCGAGAGCGCUGAGCAAGAACGUGGAGCUCGAGGAUCUGCUGAGGAGAAUGGAAGCUGAGAAUCAAACGUGGCAGAGGAUGGCUCGCGAGAACGAAGCAACGGUCGCGACGCUUAGCUCGACGCUGGAACAGGUGAAAGAGAGAGCUGUGACGUGUCACGACGACGAAGGGUCGUGCUGCGGAGGAGAUGAUAGUGUUCCGGGGAAGAGGAUGAUGAGUGGUUCUUGUUUGAAUUGUGGGUCUAACGGAGAGACGAGAGUGCUGUUUCUGCCGUGUAGGCAUCUCUGUUGCUGCACGGAAUGCGAGGCUGGGCUUGUUCUUUGUCCGAUCUGUAGCACUCCCAAGAAGAAUAGAAUCGAGGCCAUUAUUACUUUCUAGGGGAGAACUGUUUCCCGGUGAACGGAGAGGUUUUUACACCGGGGAGCUGACGUGGCAGGGAAGUAAUGGUGGUCUUCGAGAAGUUUAGGGGUAAAAAGGGAAAGUUAGACUAGGAGGAAAAGGUUGUCAAGAAGUAAAUUCUGAUUAGGAUUAUUAAAAAAAAAUAAAAAAAUCUUUUGUUUGUUUGUUUGUUUCUUUUGCAUCCAAUGGAAAUAUGAAAUCCUGCUGGAUUUUUAUGAACAUAACCCAUAUAUUUUCUUUCUAUA